GAGCGUUGGAGAUGGCGGCACCGCGCCCGCAGCAGCUUCUGCUCCUGCUCCUCGUCUCUCUGCUCGCAGCUCGCCGCGCCGCCGCGUGGGGCAAGGAGGGCCACAUCAUAACCUGCAAGAUCGCCGAGAGGUACCUGUCGGAGGACGCGGCGGCGGCGGUGCAGGAGCUGCUGCCGGAGGCGGCUGGAGGGGAGCUGUCGACCAUGUGCCCGUGGGCGGACAAUGUGCGGUUCCGCUACCACUGGGCCAGCCCUCUCCACUACGCCAACACGCCCGGCGUCUGCAACUUCAAGUCCACCCGGGACUGCCAUAACUCUAAGGGCGUGCAAGGAAUGUGCGUCAUCGGAGCCAUCAACAACUACACGGCCCAGCUCCUCACCUACGGAGAUUCACCAAUGAGUUCAUAUAACCUGACGGAGAGCCUGAUGUUCCUGUCGCAUUUUGUCGGCGACGUGCACCAGCCCCUGCACGUCGCCUUCGAGGAAGACGAGGGCGGGAACACCAUCAGCGUGCGCUGGUACAAGAGGAAGGAAAACCUGCACCAUACGUGGGAUGUCAGCAUCAUCGAGACGGUGAUGAAGAACCUGUACGACAGGGACCUGGACACCAUGGUGGAAGCCCUCCACACGAACCUCACAAAUGGAUGGUCUGACGACAUAAGUCAAUGGGAAAACUGCGCGAACAAGAAGGCAACCUGCGCAAAUGACUACGCAGUUGAGAGCGUAGGAUUGGCGUGCAAGUACGCCUACGCGGACGCAGCGAAUGGCACUGUUCUAGGAGAUGAAUAUUACAACUCCAGGUACCCCGUUGUUGAGAGGAGAUUGGCACAGGGCGGCAUCAGAUUGGCGCUCAUACUCAACCGCAUAUUUGACAAGACCACGAAAGUAGAUACUAUACCGUUAUUGCAAGUACAGUAAGGCUACAAUUACCACUCAGAGAAUGCA